AUGGCGCUGCCACGCCGCGCAUUCUCCCUGCUGCAGCAAACGCUGCAGCAGCUAGAGGUGCUGGAGCAGCACGAAGCCCGUGCUAAAGAAGCAGCAGCAGCAGCAGCUGCUGCUGCUGCUGCAGCUGCUGCUGCUGCAGCGAACAAAAAAGGCUCGUCAGCGGCGAGUAGGCCAGCAAAGGAGGCGACUGGUGCAGCAGCAGCAGCAGCAGCAGCUAAAGCUGAUGCUGCUGCAGCAGCAAAGGCGCAGCGAGACUACGAGCAGCAACUUGGGGUGUAUGCACAUCUAUGCAGAGCAGCAGGAAGUCUAGGACAGCUGCAUGCAGCAGUUAUCUGCCCUUUGCUGAGAGACUGCAUAUCUGAGUUGCUGCUGCUGCUGCAGCGAAGAGCUUUGCUGCUGCGACAGCAAUUGGUUGCUGCUAACAACGGCUGCUGCUUCCUCCCAGAUGGUGCUGCUGCUGCUGCACUCACUCUUCCUAUUAGACUCCAAAGCAGCAGCAGAAGCAGCAGCAGCAGCAGCAGCAAUAGUUGCAGCAGCAGCAGCGGCGACUCGUCCGUGCUUGACCAAAACAAGGAGCAGCUUGAGGCAACGGAUGCGACAGUCGUAGGGCUGGACGCACUUCCUUCUGCGGUCUUGCAGCAGGUAGCUUCCAAGCAGCAGCAGCAGCAACAGGAGCAGCAGCAGCAGGAGCAGCAGGAGCAGCAGCAAGGAUUACCAGUUGAGACUUCCGCCGCCGGAGAUGCCUCAGGGGGAGGAGCAGCAGAAGCUAUAGCAGCAGCAGCAACAACAACAGCAGCAGCAGCAGCAGGUGAUGCUGCUGCUGCUGCUGAAGAUAAGCCAAACGAAGCAGAAGUCUCCUCGGAUGCUUCACCUUACUCACCAGAGGAGAAGGAGAGGCUGGCAGCAGCAGCAACGAAAAUUGCUGCUACUUGGCGGGGCGCAGCAGCGCGAAGGCAGCAGCAGCAGCAGCAGCUGCUGCUGCUGCAGCAACUGCAACUCGACUACAGCAACGGCCCCGAAGAGCAGCAGCAGCUGCUGCUGCUGAAGCAGCAAGUGGAGCAGCAGCAGCAGCUGCUGCAGCAGCAGCAGCAAGCAGCAGAAGAAGAGAGAGAGGUUGGGGCUUUCCCGUCGUCUUUAAAAGACAGAUACAAAGACUUCAAGGGCCUCCCGGAGGUUCCGGCGGGGAGGCAGCUGAAGCUGGAGCCCCCAGGGAAGAACAAACAGCAAUCAAGCAAAAAAGGUAAAGCGGACGCGAAGAAAGGCAGCAAGAAAGACAAAGGCAGCAGCAAAUCUGAACAGCAAGACAACAGCAGCAGCAGCAGCAGCAGCAACGAAGAUACUUUUGCAGAGGAGCUGCGGCUGCUGCUGCUUCCGCUGCUUGCUGUUGCUGCUCAGGACCCCCUAGGAGGGGGUUCAGCAGCAGAAGCAGCAGCAGCACCAGUAGCAGCAGCAGCAGCAGCAGCAGCGACAGCAGCAACGGAAGAAGAAAAAGCAAGGUCUUUAGAGGAUCAGCUGAUUGCUGCAGCGCAAGAAGCAGCAACAGAAGCAACUGGGGACCCAAGUUCUGCUGCUGCUGCUGCUGCAGCAGCAGCAGCAGCAGAAAGUGCAGCAGCAGCAGCAGCGGCAGCAGCAGCAAAGUCUACCAACAGCAGCAGCUGCGUCACGAGCAACAGCGCUGCUUUUGCUGCUGCUCUACGUGUGAAGCUGCUGCCUCCUGUAGCAGCAGCAGCAGCAACAGCAGCAAAUACAGUGCUCGAGCAGCAGCUGCAGCAGCAACGGCUAGCUUUAGAUGGAAGUGGGGUUAUCCGGAAGCUGCAGCCGUUCGAUAUCAGCGUUUUCUUUGAGGGUGGAGUUGCUGCUGCUGCUGCAGCAGAUGGCGGCAGCAGCAGGAUUCCAUGUGCAGCAGCAGCAGCAACAAUUGCUGCAGCAAGCACGGAGACAUCUACUGCUGCUACUGCUGCUUCUCUUGCUGCUUCUGCUGCUACUCCUGAUCCUUCUUAUGCUUCUUCUGCUGUAACAACACCAGGGAGGGGUCCCCAGGGGCCCCCCGAAGCAGCAGCAGCAGCAGCAACAGCAGCAGCGCAGCAGGCUGCAGCAGCAACCAGCAGCAGCAGCAGCAGCAGCAGCAGCAUGCCUUCGCUUGCUGCUGCAGUUGAAUGCAUUCGCAGCGAGUUGCUGCUGCCGCUCUGUCUUCCGUCGCUGCGGUCUCAUAAAACAAUUCAAACACUUCUACUCUAUGGACCCCCGGGGACUGGGAAGAGUUCGCUGGUGCGGUGGCUGUCUGCUGUCUCUGACGCAUUUUUUUUUGAUAUGUCUCUCGCUGCUGUCUCUGCAGCUUCUGUACACCCUAAGCUUGGCGUUGCUGCUGCAGUGCACAAGGCCUUUGCUGCAGCAACGCAACAGCAGCAGCAGCAGCAGCAGAACCAGCAGCAGCAGCAACAACAGCAGAACCAGCAACAGCAGCAGCAGCAGCAGCAGCAGCAGAAGAGGGCAGUAAUAAUGUACAUUGAUGAUGCGGAGAGUCUCUUCAUCCACAAACAGAAAUCAAAGAAGGACAAAAAAAAUAAAUCUGCUGCUGCUGCUGCUGCGGCUGCUGCUGCUGCUCAACUAGCGCAGGCCCUUACUUCACACCUCGCAACCCAUUUGCUGCUCCUGCUGCACCACCACCUGCUGCAGCAGCAAACACAGAGACAAACGCCAAACCCCUAUCCACAGCAGCAUGAACGGCAGCAGCAGCAGCAGCAACCGCAGCAGCAGCAGCAGCAACUGCAGCAGGUGUUUGCUUUUGUCUUCAGCUGGACCGCAAAGAGCACAAUAUUCUCAUCAUCGGAUGCAGCAGCAGACCCAACGCCCGCAACUGAGGGCCUCAGCGGAGGUUCUGUUGCUGCAUGCAUGCAAUCUGUCUGUACACUCAAAAGAAAUUCGCUGCGGAGUCUCUCGGCACCGAAUUCUGCUGCUGCGGAUACGCUGCAGCAGCAGCAGCAGCAGCAGCAGCAGCAGCAGCAGGAGGCCGACCUGCAGCAGCAAGGGACCAGGUCUGCUGCUGCAGCUCAUACCCUCCGUCGAGGCAGCCACAGCGGCAGCAAGCAGCACGAACUGCCGCUGUCUAAAGACAGCAGCAGCAGCAGCAGCAGCAGCAGCAACAGCAGCAACAGCAGCAGAAUGGUUACCAAGGACUUGCUGCUGCAGCUAUUGCAGGGAUUGAAGCAGCAGCAGCAACUCUAUCCGUACACCUGGCGCCAGCAGCAGCAGCAGCUGGAGGAAUUCGCUUUGCAUGCAAUCAGCAGCAAACCCAAAACUUUGAAAUAA